UGCAGCUUUAUUAAGGACAGCGCCGCGCGGAGGCCCCGCCCACUUGCAGAGCUGAGCUGCUGAACUGUCCGGAAAUCGAAAGCGAGAGAGAGAGACUACAGUACAACUGAAUGUUCAGUUCCCAUCCCUCCCACUGUUAAAGAGUGAAAACUAAAGAAGAACUUCAGAAGCUCUGAUAUGGAGAACACACAGGACUGUGGACAAAGUUGUGCUGAUACCGUGGCUCCAGCAGAUGGAGACAGAAGCAGCAGUAAAAGUCCUGCAGACCCCAAAGCUCGAGAAAAACGUGCCAAGAAUAAAAAAGGAAAGAAAAAGAAGCAAAGUGCGAAAGGGUCACCUCCUGAAAACACGCUUAAUAACAACACAAGCUCUCACAAGUGCUUAAGCAAAGAAGACCAGCAUCUGAACAGCCAUCAAACCAGUUCCAGUCCCUCCAUCUGUGACCAGUCCACUCAGACUGAGAAUAAGACCACCUGCACAGAGGCUACCCAAACACCCCCACUCCAGUUCACACACACUGAUAUUACCACAGAAUCCAAAUCAACCCAGACUCUCCAGCGCUCUGGGCUCACCUAUAAGCAGGUGUAUGACGGGGAGACGUCCGCAGAGCAGUCUGAUGAAGACCAGGGCAGCUCUGCUGACCAGAUCCAGGACCCUAGCCUGCUGACCGUGCUCACCUGGAACAUAGACGGCCUCGAUCCUGAAGACCUCAAGCAGCGGGUCCCAAACCUACUCGCAUAUUUGGGAAAGCACCGUGCAGAUGUGGUGCUGCUGCAAGAGCUUAUUCCUCCCUACCUGAAGAUUUUACAGGAGAUUAUGACAGAUUAUGAGUUUCUACCAGGCAGUGACAGUGGCUACUUUACAGCAAUACUGCUUAGAAGGUCCAGAGUAGAACUGCUUCAGAGCAGCAUCAUCAAUUUUCCCACCACAGAAAUGGGGAGGAAUCUGGUCAUGGCCACUGCAAACUUCUCAGGUCAUCAGCUGUGUUUAAUGACCUCUCACUUGGAGAGUUUAAAGACCAGCUCACAGGAGCGCUGCAACCAGCUGCGCAGGGUGUGGAAGCGCAUGAAGGAGGCACCAGACGGCCAGACGGUCAUAUUCGGAGGAGACACUAACCUGAGAGACUGGGAGGUAAAGAAACUGGGGGGUCUCCCGGACGGUAUUACAGAUGUAUGGGAGAUGAUGGGAUCGCCUGAGGACUGCAUGUACACCUGGGACACUGUCACGAACAACAACAAAGACAUUCCCUUCCCUGCACGACUGCGCUUCGACCGCGUUUACAUGCGAACAGCAAGAGAGGGCGCUCAGCUCCGUCCACAGAGCAUGACGCUGGUGGGGCUGAAGAAACUGAAGUGUGGCCGUUUUAUCAGCGAUCACUGGGGCAUUCUCUGCACCUUCUCUUUUCAGCCAUUAAAGGAAGAGUGCAGAGAUGAUAGAGAGAAAGAUACACAGACUGAAAAACAUACAGAUCUGGAAAAAAAUGAGAGACCAGUUAAAAAUGAUGAGUUUCUUUGAUUUUACCAAAUUGAAAAGCUCUGGAAUAUAAUCAAGAGAAAGAUGGAUGAUCACACGCCAUCAUAAACCAAGCUGAACUGCUUGAAUGUUUGCACCAGGAGUAAAGGCAUAAAGUUAUCCAAAAGCAGUGUGUACGACUGGUGGAGGAGAACAUGCCAAGAUGCAUAAAAUCUGUCAAAUAUUGAUUUCUGAACUCUAUAAUUUCUGAAAAUAAAUGCUCUAAAUGACAAUAUUUUUAUUUGGAAUUUGAAAGUAAUGUUGUCCAUAGUUUAUAGAAUAAAACAACAAUGUUCAAUGUUCUCAAACAUAUUACUAUAAAUAGCUAAAUCGGAGAAACUGAUUUAGAAACUGAAGUGGUCUCUUAAUUUCUUCCAGAGCUGUAUAGAUAAGUAUACUAGGUAGAUUCACUGAUAGAUAUACUGUAUGGACAAAAGUAUUGGGACACCUGCUUAUUUCUACAUCAUUUUUCUUUUAAAUAAAGGGAACUGAAUCAA